AUGGCCAAGGAGUACAAGCUCAAGGACAUCUCGUCCAUUUCCCUCUCUCCCGGCGCCAAGCGGGAGGUCGAAGUCGAGGGGAUUCAAGACGGCAAGGUCCUGCUCGUCAACACCGCCGGCAAGGUCCAGGCCCUCGGCGCCAAGUGCACACAUUACGGCGCGCCGCUCGCAAAGGGCGUCUUGACCAAAGAAGGACGCUUGACAUGCCCGUGGCACGGAGGUGAGACUGUCGCCCAUGACUGCGCAUACACGACGCUGACCAUGUCGAUAGCCUGCUUCAACGCCAAAACCGGCGACAUUGAAAACGCGCCCGGCCUCGACUCGCUCCCCGUCUUUGCAGUCGCCGAGCGCGAUGGCGCCGUCUACGUCACAGGCGACGAGUCCGCCAUCAAGGGCUCCCGCAGGCGCCCCAACUUUACCUGCAGCGCCGCCUCCAUAAGCGCUGAUCAGGGCAAGGUUGUCGUCGUGGGGGGCGGCUCCGGAGCGCUUGGUGCCGUUGAAGGCCUCCGCGAGGCGGGCUACAAGGGCGCCAUAACCGUCAUCUCCAACGAAGGCUACCUGCCCAUCGACCGCCCCAAGCUCAGCAAGGCUCUCAUGACGGACACGGCCAAGCUGGCCUGGCGUGACAAGGCCUGGUUCGAGAGCGGCAGCGUGGACUGGGUCGACGACGAGGCCACCAGCGUCGACUUUUCCGAGCGCAAGGUCUCGACAAAGGCAGGCAGCAACAUUUCCUACACCAAGCUCAUCCUGGCAACCGGUGGAGCGCCGCGGUCACUACCUCUGCAGGGGUUCAAGGUCUUGGAGAACAUCUUUGUCCUCCGCAAUGUGCACCACGCCAAGGCCAUUGUCGAUGCCAUCGGCGAGAAGGGCAAGAAGAUUGUCGUCAUUGGGUCGUCCUUUAUCGGGAUGGAGGUGGCUGUGGCAACGUGCGCCGACAACACCGUAACGGUCGUUGACAUGGCCAAGACGCCGCUGGAGCGCGUUCUCGGCGAGCAAGUCGGCGCGGGCAUCCAGAAGCUCGUCGAGGGCAAGGGCGUCAAAUUUUACAACGGCGCAAGCAUCGACAAGGCCGAGCCGUCGGGGUCUGACCCGUCCAAGGUUGGCGCCGUGUGCCUCAAGGACGGCACCCGGCUCGAGGCCGACCUGGUCAUCCUCGGUGUCGGUGUUGCUCCCGCGACCGAGUUCCUCCGGGACAACAAGGUGCUGCGCCUCGAGCAAGACGGCUCUGUGGCGACCGACGAGAACUUCCAGGUCACGGGCCUCAAGGACGUCUACGCCAUCGGCGACAUCGCAACGUACCCAUACCACGGCCCCGGAGGCGACGGCAAGCCGGUACGAAUCGAGCACUGGAACGUGGCGCAAAACGCCGGACGGGUGGCUGCGGCGCAUAUUGCCAAUACCUCAGGACGCGACCUGUCGUUCAUCCCCAUCUUCUGGUCCGCGCUGGGGGCGCAGAUGCGGUACUGCGGCAACGUCAACAACGGGUGGGACGACUUGGUGCUGCGCGGCGACCCGGCCGAGGCCAAGUUCGUGGCCUACUACACCAAGGGCGACGAGGUGGUGGCCAUGGCGAGCAUGGGCAAGGACCCGGCCAUGGCGCAGAGCGCGGAGCUGAUGAAGCUGGGCAAGAUGCCGAGCAAGAGCCAGCUGCAGGGCGGGUUGGACGUGUUGGACGUGGGCGUACCGGCGUGA